GGCGCGUGCGCGGCGGCGGUCGGAGGUGGAGGCGGUGGCGGCCGCGCAGCGAGAGGGGCCCCGACAACAACAACAAACACCACACAACACCGCUACGAGCAUUGAGGAGGCAGCGGCGAGGACCAGAUUCCUCCCCGCCUGUCUCGCGGCCGCCGGCCAAGCGAGCGGAGGAGGGCGGGGGGGCGGAGGCCGGGCCCUCAGGGCCGGGCUGAGGCGAGGGAAGGCCCCCCCUCCCCGGGCCCAGCCGCCCCCACCUCCCUGCACCGGGACAGCGGCCGCUACGCCACCGCCCAGGUAACAUCGUGGCUGCCGUCUCCACCGGGCAUCGCCGCCCUCUCACCCGUCGGGACCCUCACCCACAGCUGCUUCAUGUUUUGAAUUUCAUCGCGCAGGCUAAAAAAGAUCCAUCACCCUUCAGCCAGGCAGCCACAGGACGGUGGGACGUAUGGAGAAACUGCUGUGUUUGCUAAAGUCUGCAUCAGUCUUGGAGGAAGAGUUUCAAUUAGGAGCUAGUUCGGAGUUCUGUAAGAAGUUUGCCGAUCACAAGUGGUGUCUCCAGGGCUCAGUGUUGGCCCAAGGAAGUGAUUGUGCUCCUGUACUUGGCGUUGGUGAAGCUGGACCUCAAACCCUGGGUUCAGUUUUGGGCUCCUCACUGCAAGGACACUGAGGAGCUGAAGUGCGUUCAGGGAAGGUGCUGGAGAACAAACCUUGUGAGAGGCAGCUGAAGGAUCUGGUCUGGAGAAAAGGAGGCUGAGGGGAGACUGUUUACAUCUGCCUGAAUCACUGUUUACAGCUGCGGGAAAGGAGGUUGUAGUGAGCUGGGUCUUAUCACUGUUUACAGCUGCGUGAAAGGAGGUUGUAGUGAGCUGGCAAGCUUUUACAGAUUUAUGGGAGUGUGGGUUGCCAUGGAGAAUGACUGGCAGGUGAAGCUUGACUUUUAAAAGAGGCUUAUUGAGUCGAAGCGCAAGAAAAACUAGCACUGAAGGAGAAGCUUUAAUAGCUGGGUAAAAUGAUCUCGCUCAAACUUUUAGGUUUUACCAAGAGACAGUGCAUCUAACACUUAACUUGGAUCAUCUGUUGUUCAUCAGCUUGAAAAUCAUUAACAGCCCCCAAAACUGACACUUGAUCUGAGAGAAAAAGCUGUGACAAAUGGACAAUAUGUCUAUUACUAACACGCCAACAAGUAAUGACGCUUGUCUGAGCAUUGUCCACAGCUUGAUGUGCCAUCGACAAGGUGGAGAGAGCGAAACUUUUGCCAAACGCGCCAUUGAAAGCUUAGUUAAAAAGCUAAAGGAGAAGAAAGACGAAUUGGAUUCUCUGAUUACAGCUAUAACCACAAACGGAGCUCAUCCUAGCAAGUGCGUUACAAUACAGAGGACACUGGAUGGGAGGCUUCAGGUGGCUGGUCGCAAGGGGUUCCCUCAUGUGAUUUACGCUCGUCUUUGGCGGUGGCCUGAUCUUCAUAAAAAUGAACUCAAGCACGUUAAAUAUUGUCAGUAUGCUUUUGACUUAAAGUGUGACAGUGUCUGUGUAAAUCCUUACCAUUAUGAGCGUGUAGUAUCGCCUGGCAUCGAUCUCUCAGGACUGACACUACAGAGCUCUGCUCCAUCAAGCAUGCUGGUGAAAGACGAAUAUGUUCAUGACUAUGAGGGGCAGCCAUCACUUUCAUCUGCCGAAGGCCAUUCAGUCCAAACCAUCCAGCAUCCGCCAAGCAACAGGGCAUCUACGGAGCCUUACAGCACCCCAGCCAUGUUAGCUCCCUCUGAGGCCAGCACUACCAGCACCACUAAUUUUCCCAACAUUCCUGUGGCUUCAACAAGUCAACCGACCAGUAUAUUGACAGGUAGCCAUAGUGAUGGACUCUUACAGAUUGCUUCAGGGCCUCAGCCAGGAACUCAGCAGAAUGGGUUUACAGCUCAGCCAGCUACUUACCAUCACAACAGUACUACCACUUGGACUGGGAGUCGGACGGCAGCCUACACGCCGACCAUACCUCACCACCAGAACGGCCACCUUCAGCACCAUCCGCCUAUGCAUCCAGGACACUACUGGCCAGUUCACAACGAACUUGCAUUCCAGCCUCCUAUAUCAAAUCAUCCUGCUCCAGAAUACUGGUGUUCAAUCGCAUAUUUCGAAAUGGAUGUGCAAGUUGGGGAAACAUUUAAGGUCCCUUCAAGCUGUCCAAUUGUUACCGUCGAUGGAUAUGUGGAUCCUUCCGGAGGAGACCGUUUUUGCCUAGGCCAGCUUUCCAACGUGCAUAGAACAGAAGCCAUUGAGAGAGCAAGGUUGCACAUAGGGAAAGGGGUGCAGCUGGAGUGCAAAGGAGAAGGCGACGUGUGGGUUAGGUGCCUCAGCGACCACGCGGUCUUCGUUCAGAGUUAUUACCUGGAUAGAGAAGCAGGUCGUGCACCAGGGGAUGCUGUCCACAAGAUCUACCCAAGUGCAUAUAUAAAGGUGUUUGAUUUGCGCCAGUGUCACCGUCAGAUGCAACAGCAGGCUGCCACUGCCCAAGCUGCUGCUGCUGCUCAAGCUGCGGCUGUAGCAGGAAACAUCCCUGGACCAGGAUCAGUAGGUGGAAUAGCCCCAGCCAUUAGUUUGUCAGCUGCCGCUGGAAUUGGUGUCGAUGACCUGCGCCGCUUGUGCAUACUCAGGAUGAGUUUUGUAAAAGGUUGGGGACCUGAUUACCCAAGGCAGAGCAUCAAAGAGACGCCGUGCUGGAUUGAAAUUCACUUACACCGCGCCCUCCAGCUUCUCGAUGAAGUACUUCAUACCAUGCCUAUCGCAGACCCACAACCUUUAGACUGAGAACCCCUCUGCUGCGCUGCUGCGGGCCAUUAUAUUGUGAGGAUGGUGGAUUGUAAAAUACAAUUCUGUUUAUAACCUGAAGAUAUAUUUUACUUUUGUUCUGCUUAAUCUUCUCUAAAACCAGGUUUUAAAAAUGCGUUUGCCGCCUUGCUCUUAGCAGAAAGAAACUGAACAUGCAGGAUUUGGGUUUCGGUUAUUUUCAGAACUGAAUUUUCAUAAUACAUGGCUCAGGGCUUAAAGCGAAAGGAAAAAGGCCUUAUAGAGACUUUACAGUAUUGGGUUUGUUUCCCUUUGAAUCUUUCCUUCUCUAUCAUGGCAUCUUGGCGAUAAGCCUCACAGGAGCCUUUUGUAUGCAGAAUAUAUAUUAUAUAUAUAUUUAUAUCUGAAAAUUCCUUCUAAUAGUUAUAAGCAUUUACCUUAUAGCAACUUUAAAAUUCCAGAUGAAUUGUGAUGUUCUUUUUAGGGAACAACAGUUUAACAGAAGACUUCUUUAUUUUGUUGACUGUCUUGCUAUGAUUUUUGUUUCCAGAUUAAAACGUAGAAGCUGUCCAAAAGCGAGGGACAAGACAUACGUUGUUGGCAUCAAUUAAGAGUAGCGAGGAAAAGAAAUGUGGCUUUUCCUUCAUUAGUUUUUAAAAAAGAAAGCUAUCUUAGAUUUUUAUUUAUAUAGGCACGCGAGUUUUAAAACACUAAAAGGAAAUGGUUACUUCCAGUGCUGGCACUCAAUUUAAAUGUAACAUGAAGUAAUACCCAAUCUGCCAAGCUGCCACAGAAAUUCCAUAACGAGUACCUAAUUUCAGGAGCAUAUUUUCAUAGCUACUACUGACUUCUGUGAUUUUACUCAAGUAAAACCCGGCAGGUGUUUUAAAACGUUGCAUGACUCUUUUUACUUCCAUAUACCGUUAAACCAUGUAUGAUAACACACCAAUAUUUAGGAUCCAGUUUUUGUAUCUGUUCACCAUUUCCACUCAGGGCAAGAUGGCAAACUUGUUUUUAUACCUCUUGGUUAUUCUUAGCCCUCUGCCAUCAGUGACCGUAUCAAUCGGCAAUGAGUUUGUAUAGACAAUUUAUAGUAGAAAACAUGCGAAUGUAUCAAUUAUGCGACAGAUAAAAGGUGUACGCUUUCUCUCUAGUUAAUAGUAUCAAUAAAAUUACGAAAACCCUGAUUUUUUUAUAAACUCAGUUUGCUUCUAUUAUGUGAUUCUGCACCUCGAAACAAUUCAUCUUGAGCGAUGGAAUUACUUCCCCUUGCAAGGCCAGCGGCAGCAGCCUACAGUAGUAGGAAUUUUUGUCAGCUUAAACUUGCCAGGAAGCAAGUCCAAUUUUUCUUACUUUCACUGCUUCUCAAUAAAAGCAUGUCCUGAGGAUAUCUCUUCCGGCUCUGUGAUGAGGUGUGAAGACGGAGCAGAAAUUCCUUAUUUUUUUUUUUCAGCAUCUGUGAAGGGAGUUGGAGCUUAAGCAGUCUUGGAAUUACGUAGUCUCCAACUUUAGUCCUCCAGGCACUGCCAGUCCAGUCUGCCUUCCGUGCUGCACUGAGCCGCCCUGGCAGCCCAUCUGCAGUGGUUAGCAUAAGUAGAACUCUUGGAAGAAAAGUCUUGGAAGCUUUUUGCCAAGUUUCUUGCACAGCUUCAGGACUCUGCAGAGGGCUGUGGCACACGGUAUUGAGGUAUUGUUUACCUCCUGCACUGAAAGAAGUUGGCAAUCAUUGUUCUGCCUCGGGCGUGAAAGCACAGAAGAUGGGUGACUUCGGAGUGGUGGCCAGAGACUGAUGAGCUUUCUUUGUAUUUCCAUUAACAGCGUUCUCUUCUUUGGGAUAACUUCUAAUGAGACUGCUUCCUUCCCCUCUUAUGCUGCAACUCCUUUAUGUUUGGCAAAACUAGUGUUUGCUUUUCUCAAGAGGUUUCGUUUAAAACCUUGUUCAUUUUCCUUUCUCUCUUAAUGACCCAGUUUGUCUAAAAAGGGAACUUCAUAUUCUUGAGGAACACUUUCAGUAUAGGAUUCUAACUACAUCCUUGGAAAAGCUUGUUUGCCAGCAGCUCGGUUAUGCUUCACUCACAGCAGGAAACUUGAUCUGAUGGAAGAAAGGAAAAGCCUGGCUGCACAUUCAUCUUGCCAGCCUCCCUUUUCAAUGGUCUGCCCUGCUCUCGCUGCUGCAUUUGAUGUGCCUUGACUUUUGGGAAGCGUCCAUCCUCUUGAGUGAUGAAUUGCAGACGACAUGCUGUUCAUCUGAUAUGUGAGCUGGCUCCCUUUGUGGUUUUGCAAAGUGGAUGGCUCAUCUGUACAUGGCUGUGUCACAGAAAACCCUUUGUACCCGUUGCUUAUGUUUUGGUUGUGCCAAACUUUGAUAGAACAGUCAGAGAUUGCAUCUGCCUGUUGGUGUUCUUGCCUGUCUGAAAGAAUUCAGCUGUUAGGACGUGAUCUGCAGAUUUCACAAGUCUCCUUGUGUCUCUACCUGCAUUAAGUGCUACAAUGUAGUAUUUCAAAGACCAAAAACUUUCAGGAUAGAAUGACAAAAUAAUGGCAGUGGAGUUUUAUCAGAUCCAUGGAGUCACAGGCUCCACGUCAGGAGGAACCUGGACAUUGAGUGAGGUGGUAAAAAUACCAGCACGGCAUUCCGCUUACCCACCAGGCAAUUGCCAAUAAGAUGCAGUUGUAACCGUUUAAGGGCAAAAUGAGAGAAUAUAAUUCUUCUUAAUGUACCUUUAACUUAAAUUUUAUGCCUCUGUUUCUUAGGACAAGGCAUAAAAGCCAGCGCGUAAUGGAUUGGAAACCCUUCAGCAGCAGCACAUUGAAUCUUUGACAGCCUUACGCUGACAUCUCUUUCUGAGAUUCGAAAGGGAGCUGCUGCUGCUUGACAGCUGUGGUGAUCGCCGUGUGUACUGCAGGCAGAGAUGUUUGGAAUGCUGGAAUUGUGUCUCCACCUCUGAAUGUCUCAAACCCAGCGAAUUCAACAAGUACUUUCUCAGCUAGCAGCCUCUUGCUUGCGAUCCUGUUCGCGUAUCUGCUCUCCUUGGUUGUUUUGAUGAAGUAAUUACCCCUGUGUUUCUCACCCUCAAUUAUGCGCUCCUCAAGAAAAGCUUUGUGCAGGAGUACUUUGCAAUUUCACUUCAUGUACCAGAGAGCUGGGAUUAGUACCGGAAGGUUUAGGCGGCUUUAGCACUGUUGUUACUUUUGAAAGUGAGGGCAUUUAAAGUUAACGUGGUGGAGAUAUAGGAGAGGAAACCUUGUUGCUGCUGGAAUGGCUUAAAAAUACUUAAACCAAUUCUAAUGGGAAUCCCGGGGAAGGAGAGGUAACUGCUAGGCGGUACUGGUCGGAAACAAUUGUUCUUUACGUUUCUGGGCUUGAUGAGUUUAGGGGCUUGCAGUAUAAAUCACUUGAUUAAUGGCUAACGAUAAGUAUACUGAAGAACUGGGAAGCACUCUAGCUGCUCUGUCGAGAGGGACCACAAGUUCAAAGGAGACAAUGCUCUCCCUUGGUCGCGAAACAGCUCUGCUGCAGCAGUAGUCCUUGAACUUGGUGUCCAACUCCUGUGCCUUACCUUUAAGACCAUCUUGUGACACUUCUGAAGAUGACAGCAUCCUCUCUGCGUAGCUCAGGAAUGACUGCCUCAAUUCUUUCACUAGGAACCAUUGAACAUUUCCUAUGCCAGUGUAUCUAGGGGCGGCUUCUGCCUUCCAACCCUUCAAAUGUUGUUUACGUCUUGAUGGUGGUCUUUAUUAUAGACGCAUCUUUCAUCUCUUCUUUGAAGAGUAAGCGCUUUAGAAAGGACUGUCUCCUUGACUUGCGUUUUGACUCUACUGCACAGGGUGACUGGGAUUAGGGGCACUGUUUUAAUGCAACCAGUUAAAGACAGCCCGAUGGCUCUUCCUUUUAGCAGGAUUCAGUCUUUGUUUUGAGAAAUAAUCCUCUUUCCUCCCUCCUCUUCUCCUUCCAGCUCCUGUGCUGCUCGACAUCUGAAAUGACAAGAUGCUAAGUUGUCAGGUAUUGUAAAAGACAACGUUUUUGAGAGGUUACUUUCUUCUGUUUUUAGAAAAAGUGAGACUUGAACUUGAGACACGAUGCUCUUGCCUGGUCCUGCUGGUAACAACAGUGUUUCCAUGACUGGAAACAGGUUCUUGAGGACCUAGAUGUUCUUGGGACUGAGAUUUGCAAGAUGCCCAUUGCAGGCAUUUGUAUUAUUCACAAGCACUAAGGUAGUUGCUUCUACUCCUGUCAGCAUUUCUUCCAGAACAGGGAGAUGAAUCCAAUGGAAAGCACUUCUCCACCAGUCAUGCAGGAGCUGGAUGCAGAAUCGUUGUGUCAUCCACCUCCAAAACGCUGUUCUUGACGAUGUGUUUCUGAAAUGGACCCGCAGCCGCGCUGAGUCGAAGCUGCUGCGUGUGAUGCUGCUGAUGCUCUCUGAGAGCUGACUUGGCUUUGAAGUUUCACUUUGUGAGACCUCGUGGAAAGUAGAACUGCUGUGCAUAGAAUCCCCAGAGGUUUUGGCACUGCUGGCUGCUCUCGUGCUGCCUUGUGAGUGAUGCAUCGCUCCUAAAUUUACAGGACUGUUCUUUCAAGCUCACCAAAAUCACCUAGUGCUUUCUUGCUCCAGUACCUAUUUUUUGUGUUUUUUUGGUGCAGUUUGGUAGCACUACUAAGUUGUGAUUCAGCUGGAUUGAGAGCUGUGAAAUACUCAUAACCCAAAGCUCACCACAAGAGGGUUUUCUGAGCAUGAAAGCCUAGUUAAGCAUUUAUUCUUUCAGCCAUUGCCUUUUGAUAAGCGGUCAACAGAAUUCCCAGUAGUUCCUUUGUAGCUUUACUGUAUGUUUUACAUUAGUCCUAGUUUGUGGAUAAUAUACUGUAGUUAACUUUCCUGAAAUUCUGUAACAGAGUAUGUUUUUGAUUAAAAAAGGUAAAGAUUCGA